AUUUCGCUGUAAGUAAAGUAAACAAAAAGAUUCCCAGCAAAGAUUUGUGUAAAUUUUCAUCAUUAAAUAUGUAAUAAAAUUGGCUUUUCUCUAAAUCAUAAAAAGGAAAAGAGAUUAUUAUUAUAAUUUCGAAAUCAUUAUGGAUGAAGAUGACAACAAUCAACCUGCUGCAUUAAGUCCUCGAGUUCUCCUGUACGACAUUGUGCAGCAGUCAUCAAAUGCUCCAGAUCAGCAGGUUCAGGAUACUCCGGGUAGAAGCGAAGCUCGCGGAAAUAGGAGAAGGUAUUCAGAGAGCAGGGAAGUGUCUCCUCAUUCCGAAGAUGAUAUCAUGGUUGAGAAUUUGAAGAAGAGGAAAAAGAGAGGAAGUGUGAAAAUAUCUUCUCCGACACAGUCACAAAAAACGGUGACACCGAAAAAGGAUGAUCAGGACGAUGACGGUGUCAUGUGUCCUAUAUGCUAUGAGGAAUGGGAUAUGUCCGGAGUUCAUCGACUUACGUCCCUAAAGUGUGGGCAUCUCUUUGGACAUUCUUGCAUCAAAAGGUGGCUAAAUGAGUGUCCGCCAAAUGCAAGAGUAUGUCCUUCUUGCAAAACUAAAGCAACUAUGCGAGACAUGCGUUUCUUGUAUGCUAAACGACUGCGUAUGGUUGACAACAGCGAGGUGGAGCGUCUAAAAACGGCUCUUGAAGAAACAAUAACUAAAAAGUCGCAUUUAGAAACAGAAAUGGCUCUUCUACGAAUGCGAUACGAGCACCAACUUACGGAGAAUUCUAAAUUAACACGAGAGAUUCGAAGAUUGCGCGAACAAACGGAAGUAAAUGUUGUAGAUGAAAAUUCUUCAGAUGUCCCUGUUCGACAAUACAGAUUAUAUAUGGAGAAAAAUGUAGAAAUUGGACGCGAAGCAGGAUGUCGAGUCAUACAGUUUGGAAAAAAUAGCAAAACACUUGUCGUAUCACAGAAAUCCAAUCAGAAUCUAUUCCCAGGGUACGGAGUACGAUUUGUAGAUGUGGAAACACUGAGGCCAACAACGUUUAUGCACAUGUCUAGCCGAUCUAUUCGUGAUAUGGCCUUUGAUAAUGAAGCUGAAUUAUUGGUCGGAGCAUCACUAGAACAUAUAGUGAAGGUAUUUGAUGUUAGCACAAAGAGCUGCAAUGUGGUGCUAAAAUGUCCCGAAGAAGACCAUCCAAUGUCUAAGAUGAUAUGGACUUCAUGCUUCGAUAGAACACGCGAUCAUGCAGUGAUUGUGGGAUGCCAAAAUGGGCGCGUGGCGAGAUUUGACAUGCGUUGCCCGACAACGCCACAGGAUUUCCGGUUCCAACCAAUUGAUUUAAGUCCUGUGAUAGACAUGGCUUCUAUACCACCUGACAACACAUUACCCUACGGAGGGAUAGUUGUGUGCACAUUGCAAAACCUUUGGCUGUAUGACUUUGCGCCACAUGGACUACCACGAGAUAUUACAGCACUCCCUGUUGAAGGACCCUUUACAGCUAUGGUUUAUAGCGAGAUCAAUAAGUAUAUCUUGAUAACACUGCGUCCUAGUCAGGCAGCAAAUCGACACACAUCCCAACUAAUUGUGGGACGUCUCGAUCGUGAGGGAGAAUGUAUAAUUUUUAAGAUAACCAACAGAUUUAUAGGCUCCACCUCAAUGCCUUCCAUGUACCGCUCAACCUUUAUCAAUGUGGAACAGGAUACUCUUGUAGCAGGAUACGUGCAUAGUAGUAAAGUUCUUACAACAUGGUCCAUACGGGAUGAUUCUCGUCAACAAAUUAUUUCCGCUACAGAGCCAAUCUUGGAUUUUUCUUCUUUCAAAGUUAACUCCCAAACCUACCUCGGAGCAAUCACGGACACCAAAUGCCGAAUUUACAAAGUCCAAUGAAUGCGCCAGUCGACAUCAGCACUACUUUUCCUUUCGAGAAUUAAGAGAGAGAAAAAAAUCAUAUAUUGUUAAAACUUUUGCAUUAAAAUUAUCGCCAAACAUAAA